AUGGAGACUAGGAUGCUGACUCGAAAGAGACAACUCUAUUUGCUUGCUUAUCAGCUGGUGAUUUGUGAUUAUCCUUUGGCCAGAGAUCCUGAUCAUGGAGAUAUGCAAAUUUUCAACACAGAACUGCCUUACCCGUCCCUCUACAAAUUCGCCGUAUGCCCCUUACCAUAUGAUAUGAUGAUGAAGCUCCUUCUGAUGAAAGAUUAUGGCGUGUGCCGUCGGAGUGUGAAAGAAUGGAUAGCUACUAAGCUGUAUUCAUGUCAAGCCUUCCUUCCUCGGGGAAUAUACAUAUUGCAAAGGGCCAAGCCAAGGUAUGGUUCUGCGUCGGUCGGCGCCACGUAG